AGCAAGCUAACGGUUCAAGAACAAAUGCUAGAGAUAAAUUAACAAGACUUACGAAAAAUCAAUUUCAAGAAUUGUCAACCGAUGUAUACGACGAGUUAACAAGAAGAAUUAGGGAUUCAAAUGAAGCGCCAUUUCUCCCUGUACGAGAUGAAUUUCAUCCAAAAAGAAACCAAGCACGCCAAAAAUUAGCAACUUUACCAAAAAGUAGAUUUAAAGAUUUAGCGAGUGAUGUAUAUUAUGAAUUAGAAAGAAGAUUUCCUGAUCUUAAAGAUAUGGAU